GUGUGUAGAUGUUUCACGUCUUUAGGACGAUCUGCCUUCUGGGAGCAAAAACCACCUAGAACACUCACCUGCUCACGAAGACGACGAGCCGCAGAAGGCAUCAAAUGUGUUAUCGAGAAGGUGAACACUACUGUGUGCAAUCGAGAAAAUGUGUAUGGUAGUUUAAUUAAAUAUUUGCAGAUUGAAACCAACUCUCUCCUAGUAGAUUGGAUUAUGUCGCCGUCAUCCACUAUCAAGCCACCGAAAGUAAUUCCAAAAAGUGAGAUUCCGAAAGUGUCUCGUAUUGAUCCAUCUGCAAAUCCGCGACCGAGUACUUGUGAUCGCAUCAAAAUAUUAGUCGAUGAUUCUUCCACGGUUGUGACUCUUAGGGAGUAUUUUGCUGAUUUGACGGAACAAUACGGAAGCUUGUUCAGAAAGUUACUUGCUAAAAGCGAUGAAUCGGCUCGUCCUCAAUGUGACAGUUGUUCAAUUCCAUAUCAAAAGGAACACGAGCAAAGCUCACCUACAGCGAAAGCUGCGAAAAUUGCCCGCUUGAGUGAUGAUACUACACCACAACAGGGUAAGGAGAGCGUUUCUGUCUCAGCACACAGCGUGGCCGAAUGUGAAAAGAUGGAGUCGAAAGAAGAAGUUGCCAACGAAGAAGAAGUCUGGGAGUCAUCAGAAGAAAGUAGCGAUGAAGACCGAACACCUUCGAAAUGUGGUAGAUCAAGGGUUGCUGUAUGCCGCAGCGUCGUUCGACAGAAGCGCAUGCGCAAAUGUCCAGGCCCGACGGCGAAGAUGUACGCCUGCACUGCCGAUGGAGGCAUCUCGUUUGGCAAGGGAUAUACUAGGCAAUCAAUUCGUUGGAGA